AUGUCCGACGGCGCCGCCCAGGGCGCCGCCCAGGGCGCCGCCGAGGGCGCGCGCUUGCAGACCAGUGAUACGUGGGCCACGUGGGGCGAGGAUCUGGACGUGGAGAUUGUGCCAGCUGCAGGGUCAGACGGAGGAGACGCGCAGCCUGAUCGGCAGCCCAACUACGGCGAGCCAGGAUGGCGCUCGCCGUCUCAGGCAGGCGCGCAAACAGUCGCAGAUGAGGAGUCGCCGCGCGACAUCCCAGCAGAGCAGCCGAACCACGCGAGCCAGGCUGAUGCGCCAGCACCGCCUGGCGCCGUCGCAGGGCCGUCCCAGGAGAUGCUGCCCCCAGCGGAGGCAGCGAACGUCCCGCCAUCGCUGAUGUCGCUGAUCAAGUCGCUACAGGACCAGGUGCUCGAGCAGGCGGAGCAGAACAAGAUGCUCAAUCUGAAGCUCAGGGCGGCCGAGGCGGCCAAGGCACUCAAUAUCAACCCGUAUAUGCAUCCACCAGUGCCGACCGAGGAGCAACCAGCGCAGAGGCAGCAACCAGAUGGAGGGCAGCAACCAGAGCAGGGGCAUGUCAUCGACGUCGAGGAGUCACUGCCCAGCAGUGGGGAUGGAGACGAGGAGAUGACGCAGGCGCUGAAGGAGUCGGAGGAGGCCGCCCGUAUUGCCAAGGAAAAGGAGGACGAGGGCAACCAGCAGUUGGAGGAGGCGAUGCAGAGAUCGAGGGAGGAGGCCCAGCGACGCGGCACCAGCGUCAGUCCCGAGAGGGCCCCGAACUCGCCAGGCAAGGCGAGCACUUGGCAGGGCCAGCAAGCGGCUAGCGGUCAGCCUGUGCCGACAGAGAUGCCUGUGCCGACAGCGCAGCCUGCCUCGGCAGCGCAGCCUGUGCCGACAGCGCUGCCUGUGCCGACAGCGCAGCCUGUGCCGACAGUGCUGGCUCCUGCAGGAGGCGCGGCCGCGCAGGCACACUUGGGGACACCGCCGAAGAGCAAGCGCCGCCGCAUGCUCACCGACGUCAUCCUGAGCUCCGAGGUGAACUUCCAGAGCAUCCUCAAGAAGGCAGAGAAGCCCGAGCUCCUGGGCGUCGAGCUGCGCGACCAUCUUAUGGCCAUCUUCCAGGGCAAGCACGUCAAAGAGCUGCACAGCAUGAAGGGCAUAACGCCUCAAAGCAUGCUUCCCGAGGCAGUAGCGGGUGCAGAGAACGCGUUGGGCGAAGUUCAGGGCCCUGACGAGGGCGGCGUCGACCCUGCGAGCCUCGAGGAGAAGCAGAAGAAGGAGUACGCUGUAUGGCAGGCAGCGAGGGCCAAGGACUUCAGGUUCGCGGCGAACGGCAAGGAGGACAAUGUCCUGGCGGGCAG